AUGGGCGACGAAGUUGACAGAACUCGCAAGGCAACUCGUGCCCAGCUGUUGAGGAGUCACCCCUUCAGUCGGCCAGCCACCGCUCAAGCAAUUAGGGCACAGUCGGCAAACGACGAGGAUGAGCCACCGCUCCACAGUGCACUCUCCCGUGAUGCCUUAUCAGACAAAGUCAUUGUCGAGGUUGGAGCUGAGCGGGUGAAGUAUCGAGUCUCAGAAGCCUUCCUCAAUCACUAUGCCGAGUACUUCCAGCGUGCUCUUGCCGGUACCUGGAGAGAAGCCUCUGAACACGUCGUCGUGCUUGGCAGCGAUAUCGAACCCUGCAUCUUCAACCUGUUCGUGGAGUGGCUGUACACUCAACAACUGCCGACUCUCUCUCCAGACUGGCGCCGCAUCGCCGAUCCAUUGCAUCCUUACAGCAUUUCGGCGAAGAUGCUUCGCAUCAAGCUCUACGUGUUCGCUGACCGUUUUAUUGUACCCAAACUUCGGGAGCAGCUCAACCGCGCCAUUGUCAACGACUACGACUCUGACUGCCCGGCACUCGAAGAAUACGAGACCGUAACAUAUGCUUUCAACAACCUACCGCCGACCGAUCCGUUACUGGAUUUGAUCGUCGACCGCUACUUCAUGGUCUGGAGGUUGGAUCUCGACGAAGGCGAGGAAGAAGAUGCUUACAACAACCUCCCACACGAGUUCUUACUGCGAUUCUACAAGCGGGUUGGCAAGUGGCGGAAGGAGGACCUCAACAACCGUCACCAGCUCUUCAACAUGGACUUCUGUAGCUACCACGAGCACGAGAAGGAAGCAGACAAGAUACAGUGCCCGCAUAAAACUAGGAAGAUGAAGGUUGGCCAGGUAUGGUUAAUGAGGGAGCCGCGCCAUUAG